AUGGCCUUCUCCACCGCCGACAAAUCCAAGCCGUUCCUCCCUCUCGCCGGCAGCGCUAAUGAUGGAUGGUCUACUGAGGAUGAGGCAACAGCUACCUGCUUCUGCGGCGCCGUGCAGCUGAAAUUUCCAACCCACGGCCCAGGUCUUGUCAACUCUUUCGUCUGCAACUGCUACGACUGCCACAAGGUUUCUGCCUCCAUGUUCGCCUCGAACUUCACCAUCGAUGACGCCUACCUCACGCAUGUGCGUGGCCAGAAGAACCUGUCCAGCUGGGGCCAAUCUAAGACGGUCGACUCUGGCAACAAAAUGACCAACUACUUCUGUUCCACAUGCGGCACCCUCAUGUAUCGCAAGAGUUCCGGCUUCCCUACCAUGAGCAUUCUUCGCAUUGGGACUGUCGACGACUUUUCAUUGCAUGAGACCAAGUUGAAGCCUCAGGUUGAGCAGUUUGUCAAGGAUCGUGUGGGAUGGCUCACUGGAGCGCAGGGUGUGAGGCAAGAACAAGGAAAUGUUAUUGGGAGGGAGUAA